AUGAUCGUUAAAAUUGACAAAAGAAUCAGCCGGCAAGGCAAUUUAGAAGAUAUAUCAUAUAGUUGUUUGAUUAAUAAGUUUCAAAUAUUUGCGGCAAUUAUUACUGUGCUUUUGGGACCUUUCUCGCUGAUUUGUCAUGCGGUUUAUUAUUAUAAUAUUCGCCCGGAAGAUCUUUUCACCUCUGAUCUGUUGUUGUAUCACACUAUCGCACAAUCAUUGGCAAUGAAUUUCUUCUUUGACAUUAUUGUCUUGUUAAUCUAUUCGAGGUUAAGAGAGCUGAACAAUGGAAUCAAUAAAAUUGAAGACUUAGGAUCGGGUAAUGUUAUCUUGGAAAUCCGGAGAAUCAGAAAAAUUUAUAAUGGUAUUUGCAACCUUGUAACAUACGUAAAUAACAUCUACGGCCUCCAUUUGCUUCUCAGUACCCUGAACGCCUUCACAAUGGUCGUCGCAACAUUGUUCCGAAUAUACAUGGGCGUUGUUGAAGGAAAGAACAUGUUUAUUCUUAUUAACAACAUAAUAUGGAUUACUUACACGAUACAAGUAACAUUGAACUGCGUUAUUUGCACAUUUGUACGUGGGGAAUCUAAGAAAACUGCAACUAUAAUCCACAAGAUCAUUCUUGCACGAAUUUCAAAAUGUCUACGUUCCUGCGAAUUGUAUUCGGUAGACAUUACCAAACCCUGUGAUCCAGAAACAAACUUACAACAUGAAAUAAAUAACUUUUCAUCGCAACUUCAUCACUCUACAAUGAAUUUUAACGCCUGUGGAUUUUUCAUAAUAGACAAUAAACUUUUACGAAGCUUUAUCGGAGUGAUUACGACUUACUUAAUUAUCGUCGUACAAUUCUACGUACCAGAAGAAAAAAAAGUCAAAGAAUUUUUUGGUAACGCGACAAAUGAAUCGUAACAAAAAAAAAGGAUCAUUUAUUAGAUUAAAUUAUUAAUUAUUAAUUGCAAGAAAAAUAAUUUAUUAUUAUUAGAAAAAAAAAAAACAUUCACUCACCGACUGUUUAACUAUUUACAACGAUCGAUUAUUGUGCGUUUAGUUUUUUA